AUGUACAUCGGCUCCCUUUUUUGGCAGCAAGGGGGCCAGGCCAACCAUCCCACAGCCGCCGUGGUGACGGAGAAGCAGCAAAUGCUGGAGCAACACCUGCAGGAUGUCCGGAAGCGUGUCCAGGACCUAGAACAGAAAAUGAAAGUGGUAGAGAAUCUCCAGGAUGACUUUGAUUUCAACUACAAAACCCUCAAGAGUCAAGGAGAUAUGCAAGACCUGAAUGGCAACAACCAGUCAGUGACCAGGCAGAAGAUGCAGCAGCUCGAACAGAUGCUUACUGCGCUGGACCAGAUGCGGCGAAGCAUCGUGAGUGAGUUGGCAGGGCUUUUGUCAGCUAUGGAGUACGUGCAGAAAACUCUCACGGAUGAAGAGCUGGCAGACUGGAAGAGGCGGCAGCAGAUUGCUUGCAUUGGAGGCCCUCCCAACAUCUGCCUAGAUCGGCUAGAAAACUGGAUAACCUCAUUGGCAGAAUCUCAACUUCAGACCCGCCAACAAAUUAAGAAACUGGAGGAGUUGCAGCAGAAAGUUAGCUACAAAGGGGAUCCCAUUGUACAGCACCGGCCAAUGCUGGAGGAGAGAAUCGUAGAGCUGUUUAGAAACUUAAUGAAAAGUGCCUUCGUGGUAGAGCGGCAGCCCUGCAUGCCUAUGCAUCCCGACCGGCCAUUAGUCAUCAAGACUGGUGUCCAGUUUACAACUAAAGUCAGAUUGCUGGUCAAAUUUCCUGAGCUAAAUUAUCAGCUUAAAAUUAAAGUGUGCAUUGACAAAGACUCCGGGGAUGUUGCAGCUCUCAGAGGAUCCCGGAAAUUUAACAUCCUGGGCACAAACACGAAAGUGAUGAACAUGGAAGAGUCUAACAACGGCAGCCUCUCCGCAGAGUUCAAACACUUGACCCUGAGAGAGCAGAGAUGUGGUAACGGGGGCCGAGCCAACUGCGACGCCUCCCUGAUUGUGACUGAAGAGCUGCACCUGAUCACCUUCGAGACUGAGGUGUAUCACCAAGGCCUCAAGAUUGACCUAGAGACCCACUCCUUGCCAGUUGUGGUGAUCUCCAACAUCUGUCAGAUGCCCAAUGCCUGGGCAUCCAUCCUGUGGUAUAACAUGCUGACCAACAACCCCAAGAACGUGAACUUUUUCACCAAGCCCCCAAUUGGAACGUGGGAUCAAGUGGCCGAGGUGCUGAGCUGGCAGUUCUCCUCCACCACCAAGCGCGGGCUGAGCAUUGAGCAGUUGACAACACUGGCGGAGAAACUCUUAGGACCUGGUGUGAACUAUUCAGGGUGUCAGAUCACAUGGGCUAAAUUUUGCAAAGAAAACAUGGCCGGCAAGGGCUUCUCCUUCUGGGUCUGGCUGGACAAUAUCAUUGACCUUGUGAAAAAGUACAUCCUGGCCCUUUGGAAUGAAGGUUACAUAAUGGGCUUUAUCAGUAAGGAGAGGGAGCGGGCCAUCUUGAGCACCAAGCCCCCAGGCACCUUCCUGCUGAGAUUCAGUGAAAGCAGCAAAGAAGGAGGAGUCACCUUCACCUGGGUGGAGAAGGACAUCAGCGGUAAGACCCAGAUCCAGUCGGUGGAACCGUACACCAAGCAGCAGCUGAACAACAUGUCGUUUGCUGAAAUCAUCAUGGGCUAUAAGAUCAUGGAUGCCACCAAUAUCCUCGUGUCUCCGCUGGUCUACCUCUACCCUGACAUUCCAAAGGAGGAGGCGUUCGGAAAGUACUGUCGGCCAGAGAGCCAGGAGCAUCCCGAAGCUGACCCAGGUGCUGCCCCAUACCUGAAGACUAAGUUCAUCUGUGUGACACCAACGACCUGCAGCAAUACCAUUGACCUGCCGAUGUCCCCCCGCACUUUAGAUUCAUUGAUGCAGUUUGGAAAUAGUGGUGAAGGUGCUGAACCCUCAGCAGGAGGGCAAUUUGAAUCCCUCACGUUCGACAUGGAGCUGACCUCGGAGUGCGCCACCUCCCCCAUGUGA